CACAUUCCUUCAGCCCUACUAGCGGGCGCCUACAAAAUGCUCUACUUCAUCCACAAUCCUAGCGACAACAUAAUAAUACGUACUAACAACCCCUUGAUCGUGCUUCAACACCAGAAAAGUGGCUGGCUCACCGCAACAUCCCUUGACGAACUGCUGUCCUUGCAUCCAGAAUGGCAACCCAAGCCCGAUCCCUGGAGCGCGCGGCGCCAGAAAGCCACUGAGCUUGUUUCGCGCGCGUGCGGCUCAGUCCUCGCUAGUCUCAGCCCUACACUUGCAUUUGCGCCAUCGUACACGCCGUCUGGGGCGGCAGCUAUGGUCGCGCUGCUAAACGAGGGCGCGCCGAACGACGCUCCAGUCCCAGCUGAGCGCGCGGGAGAAGCUCCGAUAGGCGGCGCCAGGAAUGGAAGCUCCUCUAGGAGUGCACCUGGAAUACGUCCUGAGGGCUCAGACCGCAAUUCAGCGCCGAAGAGAUGGAUGACGGCUUUGGAGUAUAGAUGGUAUCGAGAUCAGGGCUUGCGGACCCCGGAGACGGGUUGGCUGGUGUGCAAUGAGGGUGAACGUCCGUUCAGGUAUCGGCUGCUUUUCGGGGAAUGGGACCUCGACGAGAGCUCUGAGUAUCAGGUCGAGAGUUUGAGGGGUGCUUAGUCGAACACAGAACUUGGUGUGUGUCGAGUGGAUUUCUGCAUGGGCUGCAUGAUUUCCAUUAGCGAAACGUGCCAUCUUUCUCUCGAUAUCCGGUGAGCCUUGUGAGCCUAAGACGCUGUCGUUUAACGAGCAAGCGUCUUUCACUAUGCACUGGAUGAUGCUAUUUUUCUGACUGCCAUGCAUAUGCAGCAACUUGAGACGCGUCCAGACGAUGCUGCGGCCUGUUAGAUCUCGAGGAGUGUAUCCUAUGCUGUCUUGGCUUGAGGCUGGCUGAGCGGU